ACCGACGUGCGCCACUCAGUCCGGUUUUGAGAGUUUCGUUGCGAACACGUUUGUAUUUGAAGUGUAACAAGUCGCAAAACAUUUCUUUAUCAUCGAACUCAUUUCUUUCAAAAAUCUAAGCCGUCGGAAGAUAUUUUUUUGUUUUGGUUUUUGUACUACGUUAAGUGAGAUUUUUAAAAAAGAAAAUAAACAAAAGUGAUACAUUUUUUUAGAAUCAAAAUAAAUUUGAUAUUUUUUUUCAAAAGUGAAUGUUUUUCUCUAACUUAACUCAAGAAAGUUUCAAGUCCUUGCAUUUCACAUCCGCUUUUAUGCUGAAAUCCAAAAUAAUUUGUUGUAUAUAGAAGAAAUUAUGCCCACAAGGAAACCUCAAUAAAUUAAAACAAAAAAAGGAAAUAAAUAUUAUUUUUGAGUAAAGAUUAAAUAAACCGAAAUCAAAAUGGUUCUAGUACUAAAUGGAGUUCUUCAAGAUGAUUGCCCGAUGGAUACGAAUACACUUUUCCUUCAACAUCCAGUAUACAGAGAUUAUGCAUCACAGCUUCUGUCGAUACCUACAAAACCAAUCGGCGCUUGUGGUCUUUUGUACGUUGGGCAAAGAGAAAUGGCUGCAGUAGCACCUCAUGACAAGAAUGUUAACAUAAUUGGAGCCGACGAUGCAACUACUUGCAUAAUUGUUGUUGUAAGACAUUCAGGAUCUGGUGCAGUUGCCUUGGCACAUUUUGAUGGAACGGGUGUUGAUGAAGCGGUCACUGCAAUGGUUACUCGUGUUCAGGAAUUGGCUUUGGGCUAUCCAGAAGGACGAAUCGAACUUCAGUUAAUUGGAGGAUACAGAGAUCCACAAGGAUAUGGGGAAGACGUUUUCUUUAGUAUAAUGCAAUCAUUCCACAAACAUCAUCUUGAAAUAGAUCUUACACAAGCCUGCGUCGGUGAACUGAACACAAUUCUUCGCGGUGACAUCAAUUUUCCAAUUAUCUAUGGUAUAGGCGUUAAUAUUAAAACCGGUGAAAUUUUCCCAGCUACAUUCCCCGAACGGGGACCUGAUCUACAACUGAGGGAGGCAAGAACAUUCUUAGGAGCACAAACGGUUUUAGAUAUUUAUGAUUCAUCAAUUGGCAUGCUGCGUAUUGGCCCAUUCAACUAUGACCCCUUGCGUGGUGUCGAUCUAUGGCUUGCACAGACCGAUGAAUUCCUCUUGCAGCAUUUAUCAUCGAGUCCUGAUGUUGAGCCUGCCCACUUUGCAAUGCAGAUGAGAUCAACGAUUAAAUUCAUUCAAGAGAAUCAGUUUCCCGCCAUCACUGUGUUCCGGGACAAUCGUCCACGUUAUUAUCGUCGUGACGAAACCACUGGUUGCUGGGCUCCAGUAAGAUACUGAAAGAUGACGCUUACGACGAAAACGAGGCGGGUGUGUGACAUCUAUUAAUUAAUUAAAAUAUAAAAAAAAAACUAAAGCCAGCGAAAUUGUUGUUUUGCAAAGCGCAAGGUGAUAUUUAUUUAUAAAAAAAAAAAGAAAAUAUAAAACAUUACACUGAAAAAAUUAAUUUUAAAUGAAUUAUACAUUUCUUUUUGUUAUUGGACCUAAGCAUAUGCAAUCUAUUAGAUUAGCAAAUGAGAUUCUUAAGAAUAAUUACACAUUUAUUAGCUCUUGUUGUUUUCUUUUUUUGUGUAUCUUCCUAAAGUUUUAAUGAAGCUUUGUUAAAUUAAUUAAAAUGUGCACUCAGUAUUUGUUAACUGAUUAAAGUUAUUGCUAAAAUGCUAAAGUCGAUCUAUUAAAUGAAUUGAAAAUAAGAAUAGAUACGUUAUAAAUGAACUUAAACUUUAUUUUCUCAAAACUGCUUAUAGUGAAUUUUCUAUAAAACGUGAUAUGUAAAUGCAAUGCGACGAACAUUAAAACAUAUGAAAUGUAAGAAUUCGGACAGAAUUUUUAUAUAUUUACACCUUUUGAAGUUUAAUCAAUUAUUAAUAUAUACGAGUAUAAACACAAAAUAAUACAAACUUGAACUUGCAAAAAAGGAACAUGCAAUUAAAAUAAAGAAUAAAAAAUUAAAAAUUACUUGACACUGUUAUUAACAUAAAACAAUCCCUUAUAUACUAUGUGAAGAUAACUUAUACACUAAAUAAUAUAUGGCUUGGCUACUAUGAAUUAAGUAAAUUGAAUUAAAUAAAUCGUAUAAAUAUGCGGAAAUUGAUAAUUUUA